CGUUGAACGCACCCGGUGAGGAGAAAUCUUUGACGCACCGCUUGCGCACUCUGUUCCAUCGACUACAACCGAACGCAACGCGGCUAUCGACAUGGCGAACAACUAUUACCCACAGGGCAACGGUUUGCCUAACGGAGCCCAGUAUUGGUCCCCCGAGAAUCAAGCUGUUUAUCAGCACCUCCAACAACAACAGCAACCGAGUGGUCCGCAAGGCCAACAGGGACUCCCUAGAAAUGCUCAACAGCAACAGCACACCCAACUCCAGUUUGGCAUCGGCCUUUCAGGACAGCAGCAGCAGCAGCAGCAACAACAGCAGCAACAACCAUCGCAGCAGUCUCUUUCCCAAGGCUCAUCGGCCGCGGCUCAGAGCCAUGUGCAAGACGAAGAAACCCAGCCGACGGCAACCGAUGCAUCAGACACCGCGAGGCGAGGCCGAGGCCGGCCCAAGGGCACAAGCACGCGCCAACCCGCUGGCGUACGCAAGUCACGAGCCAAGAAAACUACUACUACAGCCGCAUCGGCCUCGACCGCAGGCGCACCUGGACCUGCCUCCACAGCCCUGCUCGCGGCCGUAUCCGCAACUAGAGCAGCAGGGCCCGCGCCUCCUCUAUUGCCGGCCACUCCCGCAAACCCCCGCCCUCCGGCGCGGCGGACCGCAGCCGUCGUGACGCCAACUCCGCGUGAUGAGGAUCUCGGACCUCGCCCACCCAAUCUAGACGACCCUGUCUACCAGGAGCUAUUGAAGAUGCAAGACAGAUUCUACAUUGAUCACGAGCGCUGCCUCGAAGCCCUGCUCGAUGUUGCCCUGAAGCUAGGGUUCGGUGUGGUCAUAAAACGUUCCAAGCGGGAAGACAGCAAGGAGGGAGAGCCCCUCGGCCGCGUCUACAGAUAUGACAUGGAGUGCACCGCGGGCAAGGUGCGAGCCAAGGCCCUGGGCGUUCGCACUGUGGCGAGGAAGGACUGCCCGUGGACGGCGCAGAUAAUCAGCGAGAAGAAGAAUGGGAACCUCUGGCAGUUCAAGCUCGUGGAACCCAUGCACAACCAUGCGCCGUUCCCCGACGCGGCCGCCAUCCCUGUCCACCGCAGACAGACGCUCAAAAAGGUGGAGCAUGCCGUCAGGCUAUUGGGCCAGCAGGAGGGCACCACCGUCAAGGACAUUCUUGAUUUUGUGAAGACGCAGUAUCCCGACAGACCGCUAAAGCCGGAGGAUAUCAAAAACUUUUUUGCCAAGGAAAAGAAGAAGGCCGAAGGUGGCACGGUUGAUCCCAACAGCGAGUAUGCGGACGAGAGCGGCGUGAUCGCGGAAGAUGAUGGCGAGGAGUAGGUUUGGGCACGUGUCGACCACUUCUGUUAUUCGUUUCUCGGGGAACACCAUGUUCUAUUAUGCAGGGUCUUGACGUUUCUGGAAAAGGCGAAUGUUUAAAAAACCCCGAGUCUCUGGGCAUGCAGGGUCUUGAAGUCCCUGGA